CAAAAGCAGAACCAAAUGCUGAAGGAAGGGCAAUAAACACAGCCUUAGAAGGCUGAUAAAUCCAACUGGAACUGAAGAAAGACAACAGAAUAAAAACCAAAUCUCUGAUUCUGAGGGAGAGGCAGGAAUAUGUGCCAGGUCCAGAACUGCUCAUAGGGGGAGGAGAGAAACUUUGAAGAUCACACACAGCCUCCCACUCCAAGACCUGGGGGCAUAGUGCCCGCAUGACUGAGAAUCAGAACAGAGCACUCACUCUCCAGCCCUCACCACCAGGCCUACUGACAAACAUUGGCUAACAAGCAACAGUGGGAUACUGCAGGAAGAGCCCAAGGUGCAUGCUGAGAGAGGCUUUCUGACAUAUACCAGGGAAAACCUAAACUGAGGGUGGAGUGGACACGUCCAUACCCUAAACACAGGUAACACUUGAGGAAUUCGAAGUAACUAUAGCAACAGCAGACCAAGGAUCUACACAGAGGAAUGAAGACUACAAGAAAUCAUAAUCACAUGAUGAUUUUGCAUUAUGGCAGUCAAAUAAGAGCUAAAGUGUUCCCAGAGACUGCGGACUAUCAGCCUACAACCGCAACAACAGUGCAGGCCAUAGCAAAACCUUUCCUACAACCAACUAACCAAGUACCUCCCAAAACUUCAGCAAUAAGAUCAACGGAUGGUCAUGUCACCUCUCAGAGAGCUGCCACAACCUCCAGCUCUGAACCCCCAAUCACACACACAACAAUAAGAACUCUAGUAACAACUUCCUUGGAAACUAUAAACAGUACCCCAUCUACCAGCACCACAGUCCACACCUUACUCACAACCCCGGCCACACCCAAUAACUCACACACAGCUGCUCCAGGCACUGAGGCUUCCAUUGGCUCCAGGGCAGCCCCAGGUUCACUGCCAACCACCAUCAUCCCACCAGCCCAUACAACAGGAAACAGCCCCACAACUAGGAAAACCACCCAACCCAGUAACCAGACCACCCUUCCAGCAAUGUUGUCCACCUCACCACAUAACAGCACAACCAGUCAGAAGUCUACUCAACCCAUGCACACCUCAGGAGCCACCACAGCUGCACACAAUACCACCCAAACAGCCUCACCUGCCACCAUGGCUCCUGGGCCCACUCUGGCACCUCAGCCUUCAUCAGCCAAGACCGGAAUUUAUCAAGUUCUGAAUGGAAGCAGGCUCUGUAUCAAAGCAGAGAUGGGGAUAGAGCUAACGGUUCAAGACACAGAGUCGGUUUUUUCAACUCAGAGAUACUUCAACAUCGACCCCAAUGCAACGCAGUCCUCCGGGAACUGUGGCUUUCGAAAAUCCAACCUUCUCUUGAAUUUCCACGGUGGAUUUGUGAAUCUCACAUUUACGAAGGAUGAAAACUCCUAUUACAUCAGUGAAGUGAGAGCCUAUUUGACAGUCUCAAAUCCAGAGAAAAUUUACCAAGGAAUGAAAAGUGCUAUGGUGAUGUUUGAGACUGUGGUUGGGCAUUCCUUCAAGUGUGUGAGUGAGCAGAGCAUCCAGCUGUCAACCCAGCUUCAACUGAAAACAAUGAAUGUCCAAUUUCAAGCCUUUGAUUUUGAAGAUGACCAAUUUGGAAAUGUUGAUGUUGAUGAAAAUCUGGGAUGGGAGGACCUGGUGUUUCCCAAAGUAACUGUUUUACCAGCGAGGGCUUGCCUUUGGAGAGAUGCUCUCUCUCUCCAUCUCCAGCCGGUCCCUCCAGCUGGUCCCUCCAGAAGUACCCCGUUCCUGACUCCCGUACUUGAAAGGUUCUAUACUGCAGAGCACAAGCUGCUUAUUCACCAUGCUCCUCACUAUCCUGUAGAAUGACUAAAGGAAUGUUCCUCUUCUAGUGUGUGGACAUUUCUCCCACAGCACACGGGAAAGAAGCGGAAUUAAAAUCAAGGAGAGGGGGAUAAGGCAGUUCACUUAAGUUCAAUUUUCCUUUCUACCAUCUUCGGUGAGUUCUUUAGAGUGGCUGCUGCUUAGAGUCCUGUUGUGUACCCCCUCACACACACCCGCCAAUUAUCUUUUAAUUUACUGUGAAUUAACAUUCAAGUAAGCAAAAAGAGCAAAGCUUUCCUUUGAAAGACUGGUAAAUAAAGCCCGGAUGCGUUCCGGCCUCUCA